AUGGCGCUGGACUAUCAUCCCCCGUUCCUAGCGAUAGUCAAAACGCAGGCCUGGUCCCUGGAGGAACGGGUGACGAUUUUAGUUGCCUAUCAACAAGGUCACUUUAGAAUAACGAGAUUCACCAACAAUAACCAACAAGCCGACUUUCCAACCAACACUUGCACUUGGAGUGACGUUCUCACUUACCCAGGCAUUCGACCUCUGAAGACGUCACAGACUGCACGCGGAAGACUAACUUCAAAGCCCCAGGCGGAUGAGGUCAGUGGCUGGGGAACGAUCAGCGUCUAUCAUGGUCCCCUUCAUCAGAUCAUCGCUUUCAGAUCAUGCGACCCGGAACACUCCUUGCUCGCAGUAUGGGCGACGCUAUACUUCGAGUCCUCGCUGCUCUAUGUUGAAUCCCGUGGCUGCUUCUGGGCACGAUGUUCCAUUCAUCCGGAGUACCUACUCUACGCCAGGUUAAGUUUGUUCGAAAUGAACCAUCAUCCUCAAGCAUCCACGGGACUACCUCCUCGCAACUUUACAGCCCAGCCACACAGCCAGCGCACGAUUCCAACGGUGCUUUUAUUUUAA